AUGGCCUUCACCCGGGCCUUAGCCACCAUGCUGGCACUGCUCACCGGGGUCCAGCCACAUGUCUUCAGUGAGACCUCAGAAUAUAAAAAGGCCAACGGAGACAGGUGUGUCCACCACAACCAGUGCUUCAGUGACUGUUGCCUCAUAGACCUGGAAAGAAGGGGGGCCUUCUGCACCUCCAAGUCUCGGAUGGGCAUGGAGUGCUUGCCCCAGACCAGGGGGACCCUGAACUUCGUAUGUCCCUGCCGAAUCGGCUUGAGCUGCCCUUCCAAGGAACCCAUGUGCCCCCGCCGCUGCCAAAUGAUUUAG